GCUAGUUCGGGUUGUCACGAGUUUUAUUUUUAUUUUCAUCGAAAAACAUGUGUUUGCUUCCCUGAGAUUAUUAUUGUUCGCGCUUCUGCAUACUACGCAAACUUGCCAUCCUAUUAAAAUUCCCUUGCCCCGUCCGGAAGAUCUAUCGAAAACAAGCGAUUAUUCAUCAUCUCGGCCGUAAUGGGCAGUGAAUAGCUCACUCGCGUGGGAUUGUUUACUUCCGUGAGGGUUUGGUGAAGGUCUUCCUAGCAGCUGCACAGCGUGUGGUGCGUUAUUGAACAGCGGCCACCAAGACAGCGCAGGUUGCAGGUGCCGGUGGUAGCACGAAAAGGGAGAGACAUUUUCUAUCAGGAUCGUGAGCAAAUCUAUUUUAACGAUUUUCCGACUCUCUCGCAGAGAACACGGAGCACGCGGAGCGUAGAAAUGAGCUGCACCACAUUGCCGGUGCGACUAGGAAAAUAGAGAAUGGGUUUCCACCGGUCGUCAUCCGAAUCAGUCGAGAAAACGUCUUGGAACGGUACGGUUCGGAUGGUGAACAGAAGUGCUACUAUUUGAGAUACAUUUGUAACUAACUAGCUGAUUGUUGCUAGGCUACCUAUCAUCUGCUCUGUGGUGCACGUGUGCUUGUACGUGAAACAAUUGUGUGCUGCGGCAGAAAACUGAAAACGGUUCAAUUAAGUAACGCAAAAAAAAAACCACACGAAAAGAACCCCAAGUCGCAACAAAAAUGUCGGGCGAAGUGAGUGAACCCAUUAAAAAAUGCUCGUUGAUAUUGAAGAAUGCCAAGAGUGACACGGAAAAGUUUGCCGCCCUGUUCAUGGUGACGAAACUGAUCAAGGGGAAGGACUGCAACCAGGCCGGCAAACGGUUGCUGUUCGAGUCGAUCGGGUUCGACUUCUUGCGCAAGCUGCUCACUAGCAAAGACGUGCCGGAUGAUUGUCCCGCCUCGGUUUAUCAGAGUGUGGCUCUUUCGAUUCUGAGCUGCUUCUGCGAUGACGAGCAGCUCGCCACGCACCAGGACAUGCUAGACAGCAUACCCGUGUUCAUGGGGAUCGUAUCGACGUGCGACGACGACGAGUACGACGACAAUCUGAUCAUUAUCAACGAGGCGUACCACUGUCUGCAGAGCAUUUCGCUGUACGAAAGUGGCCGGUUGGCGCUGCGCCAGCAUGAUGUCAUCACGAAAAUGGCGCAGAUCUACACGCAGCGCAGCUUCCAGAUCGAUGAAGCACUCACGCUAAUCGUGACACUGGUCGCCCGCUUUGGAGCGAACUCGUGGGACAACGAUCCGAAGUUGUUCCAUGCGCUGUUGCAGCGCGUUUCGCUCGACUUUGAAACCGACCACGCGGAGCGCAAGUUCGAGCUGGCGGAGAUGAUCAGCUCGCUGCUGUUCCACUGUCGCCGAGAUCUGGUGGCCCGCACGGUGCAGGGCGAAAUCUGGCCCGAAUGCUUGUACAAGGGUAUUAGCGAUAUUUUGAAAAGCAAAAUCGGCAAGGCACAGCGCGAUCCGGCCCUAAAGCUGGCAGCGAAUGCGGUCGACGUGCUCGGCAUCGAAUGGACGUUGCACGACGUGGAGAAUCCGAAGAAGUUUUUCCUGCUGUUGCUACAGCUGGCCGCAAUCGAGGUGCGCAUGCAGAUGGACAACAAGAGCUUCAACCAGUGCGUACAGCAAGCCGAUCUAAUCACGGCCUGCUUCAUCAUCCUAGAGCUGUCGAUCAACUUCAUGUCGACGGAUCAGCUAGAUCUCGACCAAAAGGAUAAGCAGCAGGUGUACACGGGCCUAAAGGGUGCCUUUUCCGCGGUGCUUGGUGUGUUGGUAAAGUUGGCCAAUGACACCAAGAAAGACCGACUGCAGAAGACGGAGAAGGCGUUUGCGUAUGCGAUGGUUCGCGUGCUCACAGCCUGGUUGGCGCAGGAAACAAGUGCCAUGAAGAAUCAGGUUUCCAAAGUGUUGCCUUUCCUGUUUAAGCUGGCCAACGAAUCGUUUUACGAGUCACGCGACUACCGCAUUGCUCACAAGGCCGACAAUGUGGAUGAUCACGAGCAGCAGCCACCGGCAGACAUCUUGCGGGUGAUGUUGCCCGCCAUAUGCCAUCUGGUGGUGGAGGAGGAAGCGCGCCAGAUUUUCCUGAAGGAGAAGGAAGAGCAGGUGCUGUACGACUGCCUGCUGUUCCACUGGUCAAUUGCGCACUACAAAAAACCGCCGGUGCCACGCGCCGAACGACUCAAGCGCAUGAACGAACCCGACCCAGAGAUGACGCCUCAACAGCUGGACGACAUGAAGGACUCGCGAACUGCGAUCGUUAGCUUGUGCAACAUCCUGAUGAACAUCACCGUGCUGGAGGCCAAGCUGGUCGAAGAGAGUACGCUGUUCGCUCAGUUGCUGCGGUUCAUCUUUGAAAACUUACCGGAGCUGAAGGACAUCCCAGACAAUCUGGUGAUGCACGGUCACCUGGCUGUGCUCGGACUGCUCUUGCUGAAACAGCAAGCGUCAAAGAUCAAGAAAAACGACUUCUCCAUCUGUCGGUACAUCCAGACGACGAUCCGGUUCCUGUGGGAUGCGUACAACAUUGACGAGUCGAACGAUCCGCAGGCGCUGGUGGUGUCGAUGCAGUACAAAGAACACUGGUUCGAGAUCAUGGAGCUGUGGUUCCUGGGCAUGCAGACGAUGAGCGGCAUCAUCAAGCUGAUUCCCUGGAUCUCCGAGUUUGCAAUCGAGAGUGGCUGGGCCGAGGGAAUUGUAGAAACGUUGCGCAAGGUGAAGAUUGGCACGCUGCCCCCGAACGUGAAGCUGGCGUACGAAGACUUCCUGUCCCAGCUCGUCGAUGCUAAUCCGGCUGUAGCGCCCGUGCUCAAGAAGGCCGAUGCGCUGAAGGUGUGCCGUAACCAUCGGAUGAUGGACCUGGGCAAGAAACUGUUCGGAGAUUAAAGCUAAAGUGCGCAGUUUGCAGUUUUUUUUUUAAUUUUUCACUCUAAAUUCACCUGUUACUUUGUCCAUGCGUCAUGUUGCCGGGCGGCAUAGCUCCAUUUCUUAUUACAUGUAAUUCAAUUUGCUGCAUUUUAUUUCAUCAUACUCCAUUUACUUAAUCUCAUCGCAUGUUGGUUGUCGCGUUCGCUUAUUGCGCCGUAUGUUCGGUAAUAUUGAAAAAGUAAAAAUGUACACGCUAUAUGUGCAGAAUAAACGUGUUUUCUACGUAUAUAUAUAAA